AGCACAGUCGCGUAUUUUGCGAGCAUCCACUUAUUGAUUUCACUCAAUUGUCCAAUAAAUAAUUAUUGCACUUAAUUAAAAAUUUACUAAAAUACUUAAAUAAUUUUGAAAAGUCAUAAUGAAUUUGACGAAAUAUUUUUUUUUGUGUUCAUUAUUUGUGUGCGUCAUUGUGUGCAUCAAAAUGGAGGACAAUUCUUCAGGAUCAAAAGAUCCUCCGAUUUCUCACAUUCACACGCGACAAUUACUGGAAUCAUGUUUUUCUGAUCGCUUAAAUCCUGUCGCAAUUACAUCGAACUUGACUAAAAUCAUCGAGGGUAUUCAACAAAACGAACGACUAAAUUACUCCGUAAUUACAAUCAAUGAUAAUUUACUACAAGUGUAUAGAAAAAAAUACGGUAAUAGGAAAAAAAAUACAUACAGUGGAUAUAAUUCAUAUCCGAGCUAUGUCUUGUCUGCUGAUUCUGUUACUGCACUCAAAAGAACUCUCAAUAAUAUCCGAUUAUGGGAUCCUUGGAACAGCGAGCGGCUUAUUUUCGCAGUUGGGACGCGGUGCAGCGAUGCAUCGAAAGUACUCAUAUUGCUGUGGGAGUAUGAUGUGUUGCUUUCAUACUUUAUUUGCCCCAACGAAUUCAACAACAACACCAGUAUCUACACUCUGAAUCCUUAUCCGAAGCGGGCACCGUUACCCUGGAUAAAAAUUGAAGCACCAGAAAAACCACCCGAUCCAUGGACACUCUACCAAAUGACGUUCGUAAAUGAUGAGAAGUUAUGUCCAAGUAUUACUUUUGACAAAACGGAAGCCCUAGACGGCCACAGACUUCAAAUCCAAAAAAGUACCGUGGCGUUGAAAAACACACAUACUUUUUACGACAUAAUACUUUCCUUCAUGAAUGUUACUCCUGUUGCACACAAAUUUUCUCGGCUAAAAUUUGAUUCACUAAAACUGCAGGACCCUUCACUCCUUAGAGAAAAAAACGCUAAAGUCUCAAACAUUAUUCCGUUUUAUCAGCAACGCGGUUUCGUUAUCGUGACCCAAAAACAAAGAAUCAUUCCGACUUUCAACCAAGUAGUUGAUAAUUUCUUCACUUAUCAAAAUAUAAUCAUGUCGUCUGUUAUUUUGGUAUUCAUAUUUGGUAUGAUUCUGGUGAACCACAAGUACGAUUUCGGUGCAGCUGCCUUAGAUCUCUUAGCCCUGAUAUUAAACAUGGGGAUGAUGACCCCCAUCAACAAGCUGACGAUGCGCAUCACUUUCAUGAGCGCGACCCUGUUCGUUUUGAUUUUCAACCCUGCGUUGCAGGGUCAACUGACCUCUAUUUUGACCAAACCGGGCAGCAGGAAUGUAGAAAAUUUGAAGGAUUUACGUGAUAACGGUUAUCACAUUUAUUCGUCUUCUCCCCACGUCCUAAGUGAAUUAAUUGCCAGUAAGCUAUGGGAUGAUGAGUCUUUUAAAAAAUACGUCCACCCAAUACUCACAAAUAAUCCCACAAAAUGCCUGGACGACGCGGAAAAAAAUUCGUCUAUUGCCUGUUUGGUUGACUUCGGGCUUUUUGAUAAAAUAAAACCCGACUUCCACAUUUCGAAAGAGUUUUCUUAUAACUACUACGUGUAUGCGACUUCCCGAACUUGGCCGCUGAGUAAAAGAAUGAAUAAGAUAGCAAUGAAGUUGUUCGAAAGCGGCCAGUCGAGUUAUUUCGAAAAACGGAGUUCGUUCCGAAAUUUGAUGAAACAGAGAAAAAAAUUGAAAAAAAUCAGAGCGCUGCAACAGUACGAUCAGUUGGAUCUUGAAAAUUCCGCGUUAGUUUACAUUUCGAUAGCACUGUCCGCAGCCUGGGCGAUUCUCGUUUUCGGUAUCGAAGUUAUGAUCAGAAAGAUCGAAGUGCGUUUGGGUAAGCGUUUAAGAGAGGCAGCGGUGGAAAAAUUGAUGAUCAGAAAAAGAAUUAUGGCCACGGUUAAUAGAAUAACUUUUCUUGAUCAACAAGUUUGAUUUACAGCUAAAUAUCACGUGUGCUGCUCUCUUAAAUUUGAAACAGUGAAAAUAGUGACUAUUCACUGUUUACUAGUGAAAAGUAUGUCACUAAUUCAAACAAUGGUAUACUUUUCACUAGCAAUAAGUGAGUAUUCACUGCCAAAUAGUGAUUGUCACGUAAUUUUCACAAUUCGUUUUUAGAAAGUGUUUGACUGUGAAAAAUUUGUUUAUUGAUCACUCGAGUGCGUUGUUUUCAUAAUUACCAUAAAUUGAUUGCCGAGUUUCCGAAAAUAUUUCAGUCCAUUCAGAUCAAAGGGUUCCGUGUUUUGACAUGAAGAAGACUUCUUAACAUUUGUAAAAGUUGUAAUCUUUGCUCUCUAAGCAUGAACAAAUAAAAUAAGUGAAUAUUCACUAAUUCCAAGUGCAAACCGAACCACUAAUUUCAAAAAGUGCUUCGGUUGGCACUCAAAAUUAGUAAAUAUUCACUUAUUUCACUUAUUCAUAUUUAGAGAAUGGGAUGUCUCUGGGAUUUCCAGAGAAUUUAACUGGCGAUAAUUCUAUUUUUUCUAUGGGAUUUCUAUGGGAUGUCUCUGGGAUUUCCAGAGAAAAUUUAACUGGCGAUAAUUCUAUUUUUUCUAUGGGAUUUCUAUGGAAUGUCUCUGGAAUUUCCAGAGAAAAUUUAACUGGCGAUAAUUCUAUUUUUUCUAUGGGAUUUCUAUGGGAUGUCUCUGGGAUUUCCAGAGAAAAUUUAACUGGCGAUAAUUCUAUUUUUUCUAUGGGAUUUCUAUGGAAUGUCUCUGGAAUUUCCAGAGAAAAUUUAACUGGCGAUAAUUCUAUUUUUCUAUGGGAUUUCUAUGGAAUGUCUCUGGAAUUUCCAGAGAAAAUUUAACUGGCGAUAAUUCUAUUUUUUCUAUGGGAUUUCUAUGGGAUGUCUCUGGGAUUUCCAGAGAAAAUUUAACUGGCGAUAAUUCUAUUUUUUCUAUGGGAUUUCUAUGGAAUGUCUCUGGAAUUUCCAGAGAAAAUUUAA